UGAACAUCCAUCCCGCACUCGUACGUGGAGCUACAUCUGCGAUCGCCUGGGCACUCUUGCUAUCCUUCCGUUCCUCUCGAUUCCUCUGUCCACCAUGCGGAGCUUCUUGGCGUUGCUGGGCUUCGCGUUGACUGUGGCGACGCUUCUCUACAUGGGGCAGGAGCCGGACCCUCCAGCUCGCGUGGCCGAGCUCAUCAGCGGCAUGCCUUCCAAGGACGGCUCACGUUGCGACGUAGCCAACCUCGACACGCUGCGCCAUGCUGCCAUCGUCUACACGUGGGUAAACGGCACCGAAACGUGCUACAACAAGCGCCGUGAGCGCGCGGGGCUACCUCGCGGUGGCUCGUCGAGGGACAAGGAGAUGGGUGAGCUCAAAUACUCACUGCGCUCGUUGCUCAAGUUCACGCCCUGGCUCGAAGGCCCUAUCUACAUCGUCACCCCAGGCCAGAUCCCAGACUGGCUGGACGUGUCUAAUCCGCGUGUACGGGUCGUGGACCAGGACGACCUGCUGCCCAAGGGCAAGGCCACUCUCCCGACCUUCGACACUAAUGUCAUCGAGCAGUAUUUGCACAAGAUCCCAGGGCUCACGGACAUCUUCAUCCACAUGAACGACGACUAUUUAUUCAUCAAGCCUGUGACCCCCGAUCGGUUCUUCACGUGUGACGGUGGGCUGCGUCUCCUCACUGAGAUCAACCACAUCCGCCACGUUCCAAGCCAGAAGUCCAAUGCGUGGCUGGCCAGUGUGCGCAACACAGUGAUGCUCACGGACAAGACGUACGGUGGAGAGCACGUGUACAACUUCCUCAAACACGCUCCGUUCGUCUACAGUCGUCUGGCGUUUGAAGAGAUCCACCAGAAGUUCGGCAAGGAGCUGGACGCCAUGCUACCCCACCAGAUGCGCCACCCGGACGACCUCAACAUGCCGUUGUUACACCACAUUUACAUGCAGGAGGAAGGAUCCAAGAAGCUCGGGAUCCCAGUGGAGCUUAACCCACUCAACGAAUGUGACGACUGGCUGCUAGUGCGUGUGAAGGACAACAUCGAGGACUCUCUCAAUGCACAGUUCAAGAUGGCGCUGGAGAACAAGGGACCUGAGAUCCUGUUGGCUCUUAACGACGAGUACACGAGUCCCAAGACAGCUGAGCUUGUUGGUCGCUUCUACUCUCAAUUGCUGCCGGACCCUGCUUUCUUCGAACUGCCUGAAGGUCAGCACGUGAGUGUAGUGAGCAACUGGCACGGCCCAGACUGCGUUUACGACCCGAAUGUGAUCCCGCUGCCCGAGCCAAACUUCAUGUCACUUCGAGUCGAGGAUGAAGUAGCCACCGACUGGGCUCCUGCACCGUCAGUGACGCGAUUCCGUUCUCCGAACGAACGUGCCUUUGCCGAGAUGAUGCCGUCAUUUGGAUGGACUUUAGCCUUGAACAUUGGCUACGGCUUCGGUCUGGCCAUUGCGGCCAUUACCUCCGUCUACAUUUUCCGGUUUACCAGCAAGGGCAUGCCUGGGCUACACGCUACCAAGCAAACAUAAGCGACGUGACGUCUGUAGCUAGAAACCUGUUCUGUAGCUGUAGAUGAAGCACACUGGUAAAUGAAAUACAUGUUCGCUCGCUUCAUUGUCUGUGCCCAAAGGAUUGCUAUGUAGUUGCCACGUCAUUGAUAAGAGGACAACAUCAAAUAAACGAAAAAAGAUAUCGCAACGUCUAUUCUGCACUGAACGCUGGCGAGUUGUGUGCACAUUUGCCUCGUGCUGUAGAUACACGUACUAAACCUACCAACCUCGUCUCCACAGGCUUCAUGCUACCAGCCCGCAGCGUCGACGGUCUUGCCUCUGCCCGUAAAACAUUCUGCACUUAAUUCCCCCAUCCAGCUCGUUUACACCUUAUCAUAGGCGCCGUUUGAGCCCAUUGGUGCCUUAUUGCGGCGCAAUACCAGCAAGUAGAAGAUGUACA